AUGUAGGAGUUAACAGAACUUAAGAAUUUAGUUAUACAAUCUUUAGAGUCAAAUGGAUCUUUAGCAAAGAUUAGAGCUUAAAUUAGAGCAUCUGUCUUUAAUGUAGUUGAUUAAUAAGAAGGCAAUAACAAAAAACCAUCUCCAUUUUUUUGGGAAAAUAAUAAAGCAUAAACAAUAUAUGAAUUGGGUUGUGGUAGAGAUAUGUUAGAAUUGAUAAAAGAGUUUUUCCUAUUUUUUGAUAUGCAUUACACAAAUUCAAUAUUUUCAAGGUAUUAACUUUAAAUGAUUUUUUUAGUGAAAGUAAUUUAAGAGAUGAAAUCAAUAGAGAAUAAAUUGCUAAGAAAUUAAAUAUUGAAGCUAAUGAUACAACUAAACCAUUGCUCUUUUUUUUAUUAAAAAAUCGACAUUCAGAGAAAUAAUCGUAAAAUUUACAUCAAUAUUUUUUUAAGUGAAGAAAAAGUUCCUUAAAAAAUAGCUCAGCCAUCUCCAAAAGAAGUAUAAUUGUAGUAAUAAUAAUAAUAAUAAUAAUAAUAAUAAUAAUAAUAAUAAUAAAAAUAAUAAUAAGAAUAAAAAUUAUAAGAGUAAAAAAAAUAAGAUGAAUUGAGAAAAUAAGAAGAACUUAAAAGAUAAGAAGAAGAAAAGAGAAAGUUAUAAUAAGAAGAAUAAAGGAAAGUUGAUGAAUUAAAAAAAAAAUAAGAAGAAUAAAAGAAGUUAGAAGAAUAAAAGAAAGAGUAGCAACGAAAAUAAUAAGAAGAAUAAAAAAAAUAAUAGGAAGAAUUGAAAAAACAAUAAGAAUAAUAAAAAUAAGAAUAAUAGAAGUUAGAUUAAUAAAAAAAGGAAUAAGAAAAAUUAAAAGAAUAAUAAAAGCAACAAGAAUUAUUAAGAUAAUAAUAAGAAAGAGAAAAAUAAGAGGCAGGAUAAAAAAAAGCAUAACAAAAAAGAUUUGAUAAUAGAAAUUUUGAAGAUGAAAAAUAUGAUAAUGAUGAUUUAGAAGAAGAAUUAGAGGGAGAAGUAUAAUUAUUAUAAAUUUAGGAUUUAAGGGAUUCAUAAUUAUAAUAAGAUUAGUUUUAAGAAUCAGAUGAAUAUAUGCAACAAUCUUAAUCAUAAGGAGUUGAUAUGACUAUUGAUUCAGCUGCUUUAGAAGAAUUUGAUUAUUUUGAAGAGAUUGAAGAAAUGGAUUGAAA